UUGAAUUGAUGUUCUAAGUAACUUGUAUAUUAUUGCAUAAAUGUGAUAGCAACUUUCCAAAUUAAUGAGUUGUUUUUAUUAAUGUGUUAUGUUUAACAAAAUAAUACAUGUAUUGUUGUUUGCUUUAUGUUAAUUAAGUGCUCUUGCUGAGGCAUGGGAAAAAUAAAGGAGCUGAAAAAACACCUGCUAGUGACAUCAGCAUCGUCUACACACCUGCUAGUGACAUCAGCAUCAUCUACACACCUGCUAGUGACAUCAACAUCAUCUACACACCUGCUAGUGACAUCAACAUCAUCUACACACCUGCUAGUGACAUCAGCAUCAUCUACACACCUGCUAGUGACAUCAGCAUCAUCUACACACCUGCUAGUGACAUCAGCAUCAUCUACACACCUGCUAGUGACAUCAGCAUCAUCUUCACACCUGCUAGUGACAUCAGCAUCAUCUUCACACCUGCUAGUGACAUCAGCAUCAUCUACACACCUGCUAGUGACAUCAGCAUCAUCUUCACACCUGCUAGUGACAUCAGCAUCAUCUACACACCUGCUAGUGACAUCAGCAUCAUCUUCACACCUGAUAGUGACAUCAUGCUCCUCCUCACCUGCUAGUGACAUCAGCAUCAUCUACACACCUGCUAGUGACAUCAGCAUCAUCUACUCACCUGCUAGUGACAUCAGCAUCAUCUACUCACCUGCUAGUGACAUCAGCAUCAUCUACACACCUGCUAGUGACAUCAGCAUCAUCUACACACCUGCUAGUGACAUCAGCAUCAUCUUCACACCUGCUAGUGACGUCAGCAUCAUCUUCACACCUGCUAGUGACGUCAGCAUCAUCUACACACCUGCUAGUGACGUCAGCAUCAUCUUCACACCUGCUAGUGACGUCAGCAUCAUCUACACACCUGCUAGUGACAUCAGCAUCAUCUACACACCUGCUAGUGACAUCAGCAUCAUCUACACACCUGCUAGUGACAUCAGCAUCAUCUACACACCUGCUAGUGACAUCAGCAUCAUCUACACACCUGCUAGUGACAUCAGCAUCAUCUACACACCUGCUAGUGACAUCAGCAUCAUCUACACACCUGCUAGUGACAUCAGCAUCAUCUACACACCUGCUAGUGACAUCAGCAUCAUCUACACACCUGCUAGUGACAUCAGCAUCAUCUACACACCUGCUAGUGACAUCAGCAUCAUCUACACACCUGCUAGUGACAUCAGCAUCAUCUACACACCUGCUAGUGACAUCAGCAUCAUCUACACACCUGCUAGUGACAUCAACAUCAUCUACACACCUGCUAGUGACAUCAGCAUCAUCUACACACCUGCUAGUGACAUCAGCAUCAUCUACACACCUGCUAGUGACAUCAACAUCAUCUACACACCUGCUAGUGACAUCAGCAUCAUCUACACACCUGCUAGUGACAUCAACAUCAUCUACACACCUGCAAGUGACAUCAGCAUCAUCUACACACCUGCUAGUGACAUCAGCAUCAUCUACACACCUGCUAGUGACAUCAACAUCAUCUACACACCUGCUAGUGACAUCAGCAUCAUCUACACACCUGCUAGUGACAUCAGCAUCAUCUACACACCUGCUAGUGACAUCAACAUCAUCUACACACCUGCUAGUGACAUCAGCAUCAUCUACACACCUGCUAGUGACAUCAUGCUUCUCUUCACCUGCUAGUCUGCUUUGUGAUAAGCAAAUUUUAUAAAAAUUUAACUCUUUACUUUUACUUAUGAUCUGCAAUAUCGUUUCAGAUUCUGAACACAUCAGAAAUCACCAACCCCUCCUGACAUAUCUUUCCAGUUUGGGAAAAAAAUGAAUGUAUAUGCCAAAGUAGAAUUCAACAACUUUAGCCGUGAUCUCUGUGAUCAGCUCAUCAUCUCUCCAUACCCUCUCCACAUGGAAGUCACCUCUUGUACUUGUCACAAGAUCACACCAGGUUAACUAAGACAGUAACCAUCAGCUGACCGUGGAAUGCCAAUUGUGUGUUUCUUUCUCAGUUUUGUAUGGUCCCCAAUAAACUUAACGUGGGAUGCCUCUCCGAUUUCUUUCACAUCAGGGCACUUAACCUCUACCAGGACACAGAGAGGUUCUUCAUUUGGGUGUUUUGAUGUUUUGAUGUUUUAAUCCCAGAAUGUUUAAUACUGAUAUUUGCAUUGAUAAAAGAAAUUGCUUUAAGAUGUGAAAUUAAAAACACCAAUAUCUAGACAAUCAUGAAUUGUAACAUCACUUCCUUUAAUGUUUUUACUAUACAGUUGAUAUGGAAUUUGUUUAAAUGUUACAUUUUGGAUCUUUUAUUUUAGCUAUUGGUUUAGUUUAUUUUAGUUGUUAGUCAUUCUGUUUGCAUGCAGCAUCUGCAAGCACUUCUCCAAUACUACAUACCUCUGUUAUCUGGGUUUUGUUUUUGUAUCUUAAGUUGUAGCUACUUUCUUAAAAAGAUUGCAUUUACAGUGGCCCCCUAAAAGUAUUAAAGACACUUAAACUAUUAAAAUCUUAUUGCAUUGUAUUCAAAAUAUCAAACCAAGAAGCAUCUGUAAGCAAGCGAUGCUGGAGCUUUACUCAGAGCUAACUGCAUUUUUCUCUUUAAAUUAUUUUGCAUUUAUUUUUAAAGCAU